CUUUGCUAAUCUCGUCGUGAUUUCUGACUCUUAAAAAUUAUCAAUCAAAAGUCGUGUGAUUAAUAUUUUAAGUCGAAGGUGCAAAUUGUGUGUUUCUUGGUGAAUCAUGGGAGCCGAACAGAGUCAACUUUCCGAAAAUGACAACGCGAAACUUAACAGCGUUGCAUUCUUUAUCAACGACAAAGAAUACAAUGUUAAAACGGCCCCAGUUCCCGACUCGUGGACUUUAUUCGAGACAAGGCUGGACUUACUGGGACAAAAUACAUGUGCAGAGAAGGUGGAUGUGGGGCUUGCGUGGUAUCUGUAAAAUCUCUAGAUCAUAGCGAGAUUCGUGCCGUGAAUUCUUGCCUGGUUCCUGUCCUGUAGUGCAACGGCUGGGAAAUUACAACGGUUGAGGGGCUCGGCAACAAAAAAGAAGGAUAUCACCCAAUUCAGCAACAAAUCGUUAAGUUUUCCGCUACCCAAUGCGGGUUCUGUACUCCCGGCAAUGAAUAUGUACAGUUUGCAACAGUCAAAGCCAACUUUUAAAAGGCAAGAUGUUGAAAAUAACUUUGACGGAAAUUUGUGUCGCUGUACUGGAUACCGUCCGAUUAUGGAUGCCUUUAAAGCUCUUGCUAGCGACGCAUCGGAAGAAUUAAAAAGAAAAGCGGCCGACGGCAAUUCGGCAUGCAAUGGCUGCCCCAUGAAAAUAAACUGCUGCCAGAACAAGGACAUUGAAGAUAUCGAAUGCUGCCCUGGCCUUUCCCAUGUUUACGUCACACUCAAGUCUGGCGAAGAAUGGAUCACUGCCACCUCGUUGGUCGACGUUUACAAAGCUUUGCAACGAUUUACCGAACGAGGCAUAAAAUAUCGGAUCGUGGCUGGAAACACGGGGACAGGCGUUUUUAAGGAUGACGGCCCAUUCUCUGCCUUCAUCGAUGUUAAUUCAGUCCCAGAGUUAAAGCGAAGUAUGAUAGAACCUUACGGGGUGAAGAUUGGGGCAAAUGUGACACUUUGUUAUGCCAUGGACCAGCUACAAAAGGCGUCUGAAAUUGAAAGGGUAUGAGUACUGCGCACAGAUGAGCAACCACUUGAAGCGGGUUGCUAAUGUGCCCGUUAGAAAUGCAGGCACGUUAAGCGGAAAUUUGAUGAUGAAACACGCUCAUCGAAGCUUCCCUUCCGACAUAUUUAUGCUACUGGAGGCCGUGGGGGCUAAACUUCUCAUUGGAGCGUCUCCCACGGUAUCCAAAUUGUACGGGAUGGUAGCAUUUAGAGAGCUAGACAUGCGGGGGAAGUUGAUACUUUGCAUUAUUCUCCCGCCUUACAAGGGAGGAAAUUACUAUUUCAGAACUUACAAGAUUACGAGACGAUAUCAAAAUGCACAUGCCUACGUAAAUGCCGGAAUUCUAGUUAAAGUCGACACCAAGAAGAACUUCAAAGUUUUGGAGAAACCUCGCAUUGUAUUUGGUGGAAUUUCGCCAGAUUUUGUAACUUAUAAAAUCGAAACAUCUAAUUCAAUUGUUUAACAGUAAUAGUUGAUCAUAGCAAUGUUCUCAAAUUGGCAUAUGUAUUAGGUGCAUGCCACACAAACGGAAAACUUUCUCUUUGGUAAGAACUUAGAUAAGGGAGCACUUAUCAAAACGAUGGAUACUUUAGAAGCUGAAUUAAAGCCAGACCAUAAUCCGACGGAAGGAUCCACAAUUUAUAGAAAAACGCUGGCACAAUCCCUACUUUACAAGACAAUCCUCUCCAUUCUUGGAGACUCGGUAAAAGCACCCUUACGAUCUGGAGGGCAGGACUUGGAACACGGUCCAAUGAGUGGGCAGCAGACUUUCGACUCUGACCAGAAAGAGUGGCCACUUUACCAGCCCAUUCCCAAAAUCGAAGCCGCUGUCCAAGCUUCCGGCGAGGCUGAAUAUAUAAAUGACAUUGAUCCCGAGUUUGGCGAACUGUUUGGAGCUUUUGUCCUCACAACGGUCGCCAAUGCUACCAUUUCCAGUAUUGACGCGUCAGAAGCACUGAUCUUUGUGAAAGACAAGGUUCGCCACGCAGGGCAAGCUGUCGGCUUGAUUUUAGCCGAGAGUCGCGCCAUUGCAUUAGAAGCCGCUAAGAAGGUCCGGAUUGUGUACAGCGACGUGAAGAAACCCGUCCUCGACAUGAAGGAUUCGCUCAAACUGGCGGAGAAAAAGGGUGAAAAUUGUAUCUUGGAAAUCCGGAAAACGUCCCCCUCUGGGGACGAAAAGGGGACACAAACGAUCAAAGGGGAAUUCAGGGUUGGAUCGCAGUAUCACAUGUCGAUGGAGACGCAGUCAUGUAUUUGCGUGCCAAGAGAGGAUGGGAUGGACGUCUUCUGCGCUACGCAGUAUCCCGACCUGGUUCAAUCCGUAGUGGCUUCCGCCAUCGGCGUGCCGAAUCAUUUCAUUAACCUCAUUGUGAGACGACUUGGAGGGGGGUACGGGGCAAAAAUAUUAAAAUCAUGCCCCACCGCGGCAGCCUGUGCGGUCGCGGCGCACGUGACGAAUCGACCCGUUCGAAUAGUUCUGGAUUUGGAGAUAAAUAUGAAAAUGAUUGGCAAGAGACAUCCGUACUUCACCACGUAUGAGGCAAGCGUAGACGACUCUGGAAACAUAGUUGGUUUGAAAGGCUCCAUAGUCUGCGAUUCGGGAUACACUCCGAACGAGACGACGUCAUACUUGGCAAUGAUCUGCAUGCAAAAUUGUUAUCGUGCCAAUGGGUGGGAAAUAACUUCUGGACGAGCCUUGACAGACACGGCAACAAACACAUACUGCAGAGCCCCCCCAUGAAGAACCGACAUCAUAUUUCUUGCAUAUUUGGUUAGGGAACUCGAUAUUUCUUAAGGGAAAUUUUGGUUAGGGAAAGCAUUAACAUUUUAUGUGCAUAAUACUCAAUUAUUUAUUCUUGCAAUAUUUCCAUCAAAUUAAAAUAACAUUUUAUUCACCAGCAUCGGGUGAAUAAAACCUUCAUAAGUUGUUUCCAUAAAAGCUGCAUAUUAUGUACGUUGUAAUUCAGUCGGUCCUUCCCUAACAUUUUAUCCAAAUAAUAUGCAUCACUUGUACACAAAGAGAAAAAGUGCGCGAUAUAUGACGCGCUCUCCCAGUCCACCUCACACCAGUAGGAAUACAGUUGACCGAAAUUUUGUUUGCUCGAAAUGUUUUCAGUAGUCAAAUUUAAAAUUGACAGUAGUGUUCAGGUAGUUCCCUCAUCCUGGCUGUCAACUAACAAAGGUCAAUGUAAAUGGCCACCAGGUCCUUGUAAGGAUAUAAGUGCAGAUAUACGGGCAGUCAAAAAACCGGGUGACCAUUGGCCUUUAUUUGAUAUACGGAUAUUUAAAUCAACUAAUAAUUAUCUUGAAGCCAAGAAUUUGGAAAAAUAGGCCACCACUUCAUCGGACCUUGACACAACUGAAGCUGAAGAAGACGAACUUGGCGAAAAGGAUAGGGGUUUGAAACCUACAAGAAAAAGACAGCGACGACCGUCAUCGUCAUCUGAAGAGGAAGAAAGGAACCAUUCUCAAAGUUUCUCAAGUAAAUCGAUAAGUAUUAGGGAAGAGGAUUUACUAGAAUUUGACGGAAGUAAAUACCAACUUCAUGUCGUUGUCAACGAUCCAGCUGGGUUGAAUUCGCCAACAUCACAAAUACCAACAUUACCAAGUCCAAAUAAUGAACAUCAAGUAGCCGCAGGGUCAGGAAAUCAUUAUUGGUCAUCCCCCCCUCUCUCACAAGUUGAUGUCCCGCCUCCUGUGAGGACUCAGGCUGGGAAUGCAGAAAUCGCUGCUACCCGUAUUCGUGGAGUGACUUUGGAAGAUAUUUAUCUUCGUCAAGUUGCACUGGAGCGAAUGGUCGCAAAUGGAAUCUCAGAUAUUCGCCAAGAUAUUCGCACUCUGCUACUCCGGACAGAUGACGCUAAUUCAUCUGUAGAAAAUAGUGUUGUUAUUCCA